UCCUUCGGCAUCCGCAGGCGCAAUCUUCCAUAGCCGUGGCCUUGAGCUGCCUCCUUUACGCCGGUGUUUUGUUUUUCUGUCCUUUAGACCUAACCUGUAAAUUUUGGCCGACGGCUGACGGUCCCUUGAUUUUGUCAGCAAGUUUACUAAUAGUUCCAGGCUGAUCCGUCUUCACCACUUAUAAUGGAGGAGUACACAAGAGAACCAUGCCCCUGGCGAAUCAUGGAUGACAUUGGCGGAGCAUUUGCCAUGGGAGCCAUUGGAGGAGGAGUGUUUCAAAGUUUUCGAGGUUUCCGUAACGCCCCUAGUGGUCUCUCAAGACGCUUGGCUGGAAGCUUAUCAGCUAUACAACAAAGGUCACCAGUAAUUGCAGGUAGCUUUGCGGUGUGGGGAGGCAUGUUUUCUACAUUUGAUUGUAGUUUGGCACACUUGCGCAAGAAAGAAGAUCCAUGGAAUUCUAUUUUGAGUGGUGCACUGACUGGUGGAGUGUUAGCAGCAAGAAGUGGGCCUGGUCCAAUGGCAGCAAGCGCUGCUGUCGGUGGUCUCCUAUUAGCUCUCAUUGAAGGAGUUGGCAUUUGGAUGACUAGAAUGACAGCUGAGCAUUUUCAGCCCCAAAUGCCUCCCCCUGCAGAUGCUCAGCCACCUCCCUUUUCAGGAAUGCCACUAAGUCCAUCAAGUCAACAAUCUGAGUUCCAAUAGAUAUUAGUGCUGUUGAAUCAUCUAUUUCAUAAGUGAUUGUGAAAGAAAUCUGUAAAUAUUUAGUUUUCCCCUUCCCUCACUUUUUUUUUUACUUUGCAAGUAAUUAUAAGCCAUAGAAGUUUAUAAUUGAGUGUUAAUUUGUAAGUAGUUGAAGAAUUUGCUACAAACUUAAGAAAAUGUAGAAAAAUGUUGCCCUCUGUUCCAUUACUUGCUGUUGCUCAGAUUGACACUUGGCUCUGAGCAGGUUGGAGGAAUGAAUGUGUGUAAUUGACUUCACUGGGGAAGUCUCAAGUGAAUGUUUGUGGAAACCAAAUUUUGAUAUUAGACAAGAGACCCAAACUUUCAUGUUUGCAGAUUAAAAUUUGAAUUGAAUUGUAUUUGCUUGAGUACACACCUCUGAAAUGCUGUGAUGAAGUUUAAAUGUCUUAUUUCAUUAUUAAUGAAAAUAUGAUGAACAUCUUUGUGUUAGCUUGAAAUUUUUAUGGGUCUCUUUCUCGUUACAAAAAUUGAAACCUUUUUGAGUAGUUUUAUGUUUUGAUGUUUGCUUCAUGACUUUCAGCACGAGAAUUUGAGUAUUUUUACAGUCAUCUGUUAAUCAGUACAAGAGAGUUGUGGUAAAGGAAUAUGUAAUUUAUGGCAAAUUGACUAGCUCAUAUUUGAUGUUAGUAUUAUGCUAUUUGUUAUUAAAAAUAUUGCAAGUGCA